AUGGCAUCCAAAGAGGGACAAUCAGGAAAAAAUCUCAAUGUGGAAAAUGUCCUCCAGGAAAAUCAAGGAGGGGAGCAGGUCCCCGUGAAGAAUGAAGAGGAAGGCCACACUUUGGGAAGGGGUGAAAGCCGGCAGUUUGAAGGAAAUGUUAGACGGGGACUUGUUUGGCGACUUGCCCAUAAUUUCCGAUGGGGUCUAUAUAAUAGGCAUUUUGGCCACAGUGAAGUGGGAAAUGAUGUACAAAGGCUCACAGAGCAGAUGAUGGAAGUCAGGAGAAAGAUUAAAGAGCGUCAGAUGAGGCGCUAUAUGGGCUGUCAAAUUCCUGAACCAGACAAUCAUGAUGACUUUUGCCUUAUACCUUGA